GCUCAAGGCCGCCCUGUGUCUGACAAUCGAUAGCUUUGUUUAGCGUGGCGAGAACAGCACUGUUAAAGACUGCCAUUGCAAGGAAGGAUGGCGUCCUAGCUGCCCGUGCUUUUAAGUUCAGCAUGUGCUAGAUUUAGAUCUACACAUUUCAUUUCCUACACGCACGCGCUGUGGAUUACAUUGUUCUCAUUGUUGUGUUCAGCUAGUGUGCUGUGUUGAAUGUGCUAUUGUGUUAUUGGAGUGAUAACUGUGUGAUAGAAUGAAAGGAAUCGUUAAUCAGGAAGAUCGCCGUUGAAGCCCGACCUGUUUAACGUCCCAAUAGCGAGAUCAGUUGAGCCACUGCUUGGGAAUGUGACGAGAAGAAGUGAUCACCUGUCACCAGACCAGCCAGCACUCUUGUUGGUGCUCAGGGCAGGCAGGCCUCCUGGAUAGCUACACUUGGUGUUGCCUGCAGCUCAUACUAUGGAAGCAGACGUGGCCAUUCACAAACCGGAAAAAUGGGCCUCCACCGAGGCCUCCUGCUACGAGCAGACGACGGAGAAAGUGAAGUUCAUAUACAGCAGCCGACUGAAAGAGAAAGCGGCGAGGAGGUCAGGCCAAAAGCCAAAGGACUCUCCUUAUGCCUUGAAGCCUUCAAAGUCCUACGACAAUGAACUGGAGACAAACAUAGGCAAGGAAGCUCGUCAGCGUUUUAAACCAAGAGACGACUUUGGACUUGGGUAUAGACAGUACAGCGAGGAGGAGGACAGGUCACGUGUUGAUCAAAGCAGACCGUCGGCGACAUACUGCAUGCCUUAUCAGAUGGACACCCGAGACAGAUCUGAUGCAAAAAGAACAGAGGAUUUACUGUUUGCCUCUAAAAAAGAGAAAGCUAAAGAUAAAUCAUAUUGCAGGCUAGACCACUCUGGUAAGACAAAAAAGACAUCCAGUGAUCACACUUCCGAUAGCCUGCACAUCGUUGAACCAAAUCAGUACUUAAGCUUAGAUAAAACUAACACCUAUUUUCCAGUAGUGGAAAGAAUCCUUCCAGUUGAUCUCAGCCUUAAAAAAGACCAAUUAAACAAAUUAUAUGGACCAAAUAUUGUUAGCCAAAGACCAACCACACUUUUGUCAUCAUCUCCAUCCAUGUCCACCCCUGCCACUGCACGUCAGACCUAUUUCCAAGAAAAAACGUCUCCACUGGUCAUUUUAGAAGUAAAAGAUGGUCCUACAUUAUUCUACAAGCCCGCCAACAGAAUGGUAACAGACACAACUAUUGAGGAAACUGGUGUCUUUACGACUCACUCUCCACCAACUGCCUCCAACAGUGCUGACAGAAGUUUUUCUACAUCUUUACCAGAAACAGCUAGACAAGCAUCUUCCCAUGUGGAAUUUUCACCAAAGAGCUGUACAUUAUUGGAUGAACCUUCUUCUGUAAGAUCACCAUCCUUAUUGCCUAGAGCGAUAGGUCUUAGAAAACCAGACUUGUCUGUUUUGAAAAAGUCUUCCAGGCCAUAUGAUGAACAAUUGUCUUAUGUUAAAACAAAACCUGAGUGUUCCAGCAAUGUUUUCACAAAGCCACUAAGUGUGGACAAUUUGGAUGGUUCCAAAACCAUUUCCUCGCCAAGGCAACUUUCGUCCAAUGCUGCGUCUGGAACUGAACUGUUUAUAUCGAGGACUUCCGAACAAGUGAAUGUUGUACUCGCACUUGGUGACACAGACACAGCAACAACAUUCUCUGAGGUGAAACGUGCAGCCUCACCACCAAAGAGGGAUUUGUCAGAUGCUAAGAAGGUCUCAGAGACUCAAGCGGAACCGUCUCCAAAAACGUUGCAGAAGAAUGCAGAUGAAUGUGGUCCCUUCAAAACUGAUGGUUUCUUCAAUACUUCAGAAAUGUUGCAACAGAGAGCAGGGAUUAAACACGACGACAUAGUUGUUGGUCCACGGAGGCAUCCAAAUCCAUUGAUGUUUGAACAGACACCUGCAGACUCGGGACCACUAGGUUGCAAGGAAGACAUUGUGUUUGAUCAAUUUGUUGGGGAGUCUAUGAGUGAAAAACCUUACCUUCCACCACCAAAACCUGUGUCAGGAAUUCCACAAAGUGAUAGAAAACAAAGAAAGAAGGCCCCAGAACUAUUAAUAUUUUCCGAACAGAAUGUUAAGGGCAUGAAAACUAAAGGUGAAGUUAAGUCAGUCAAGUCACAGGAAAUAUUAACAGCUAACACUAAACGUUCUGUUAGCGUUGAGUCUGGACCGUCAAAGAGUGCGGAGAACAGCUUGGAGAGAAUGUCAGCUGUAGGAGGCAGUUUAGACAGAGGCAGAUGGAGGCCGAAAGAAAAGAAAUCAAGUAUUAGACCUAUGCGAGGAAAGGCUGGAGAUUUUGGAUAUUCUGCGGAUAAAGGCAAAUCCCACCAAGGUGAAUUAACGCCUAAACUGCAAGGAAACACGGAGCACUUUGGACGGACUUCAAAACUAUCAAUAGAUACCAAACAGUUAUCCAAGUCCACCAGCUCUAGUCCUGCUAGACAGAAGCAGCUUCCUAGUCCAAGUGGUGCUGCAUAUCUGAAAACAAAAUUGUCCACAUCAUCGUCUCCUGGAAAAAAGCAUCCUCCUCCUCCUUCAAGGUUGCACAUGUUGUCCAACAUCCCAGUGCCUAUGAGCCAUGAUCCACCAGCAAGAAGAACCACAAGCCACCCACAGAAAGUGCAAUCACAGGCAUCACCAACAUCUUAUACAGCAGUAGAUCAGCAAACAUCUUACAUAGCAGUUUCAACUCAGGAUACAGCACAGAACUUUACUACUUCAUCAGAAAAAGACCCACAACAUACAUCUUUGGAGAAAUCUCUAUUGAAUCACACACAACCUUUAACAAAUGAGGACCAAAAGUUAAAACAGGAUCUGAAAGCUGAUUCAAUACCUAAAAUUCACGAAGAACCACCUGUUGUUACAAACACACCAAGCUCAGCUAGAAAGAAAAUUCCAGUGCUGCAAAAGAAAGAUGCUAGACCAUUACACGCUAAAGCAUCUAGCAAUGACGAUUCUAAACUAGCUGCUGAUGCCUCAGUGACGCCCGGCAGCGAAACAUGCCCCGACCCAGACCAGAGCAUCAAUGCAGUGAGCACAAGCAACCAACCUCAAACACCGCCUGCCAAGCCAAGACUCCACCGCUCUGCUGAACAACUUGUCGGGGAAGCCAAGCUUUCAGUGUUUACAUCCACGGAAGACAUCAAGAAUUUCGACACUUCUGGCACGGGGGAAGACAAGGUGACCAUGGACCGUGUGGGUCAGCUGAAAAAGGACAGAGGCCUGGCCAAGAUAGGUAUUCUGAGGCGGGGCUCUGAUCGGACUGAGUUGUUCCGAAGAGGCUCAGACCGUGGGAUUCCUUUAAGUCGUAAUGACCCCAGUGUAGAGGAUUUGAAAAAAGCAACAAGCCUCAAAGAAUUGUGCCAGUCAGUGGCUUCUCUUCUAAACAUUGACAAUGAGAAGGCAGCAGAGAUGAUCACUACUUCCUUGAGCCAGAGACAAGACCUGGUUGAAGGUUUAGAUGCUGAUGCCAUUUUAGACUACCUUUCCCAUCAUGGUGUGCUUGACCCUUCAAUUCUAGUUGGCCUAGAUAAAGGUGCAACACCCAAACAACGCAACUCCACUAUCAUCAGGCAUGUUGAAGAGCAUGGCACAACUGCGGUGGCACUUUUCAUCAAUGCACUCCGCCAAUCAGGUCAACUUCACCUGGCCAGUUCACUAGAUACAGAACAAAGGAUCAAACCAGUUUCAGGAGAUGGCUACUUUGGAAAGGAAAGACACAAAGGUGAAGUGACAGUCAGGGUGGAACUAGAAGCCUUAAAAAUUCUUGCGCCCAGAGAACCUCGCACAGAAAAACUGGUUGACACGUCCCUUCUCUCCUCACCUUCCCACCCCACUGGCACUAGUCCAGACUCAAAGACUCCAAGAGAUGAGACUGAUGAUGAAGAUUUAGUCAAACCUAAAUCAUGCUGGUGUUUUUGCUUCUCACGUAAAAGUAAAGCCAAGAAAAUGUCACAAUCCAUGAAGAAGGAGAGUGAGAAGAACAGACUUGAUGCCCUGAAAGAAAGCGAAGCCUUGCAAGAAGCUCCUGUGGAUAACCCUGUCAGGACAUCAGGGCAUGAAGAAGUGGAGAGAAAGAACCCUAAUGUUAAACCACAUAGGACAAAGUCCAAAGAAAAGACAAAGAAAGAUAAAGAUUCUGGGGCCAAAGUUUCUUUCAAAGACUCUGUCAGUAAUAGUGGUGGGAAGUCUAAAGAGCCUACCAGCAAGAAAGCCAAACACAAGUCAAAAUCUAAACAUUCAGGUAAAUAUUCUGCAUCAGACAAUAAUGCUACCCACCUUCCAGAAGUCCAGGGUGAGGAGACAGUGUCUAAUGGUGACCAGCUGACAACUAAUGGCGUCUGCAAAAAGCCUGACAAAGACAACUGGGACCCUAUUGUCAUGGAGUAUGAUCCUAAGUUGGAGCUAGUGAAACUGCGCGCAGGUCAGGAAGAACUAGCUUCUCCUACCCGGCAGUAUGGCCAGAUGGGCAUGAUCUGUGAGCAGUGGAAGUCCAGCGGCCGUCACUAUGCACACAAGGCAUCUCUGCUGUGCAACAGCAUCAUUCAGGAGCUUCACACCGAGAUCAUCAAAUAUUUCGAACAGGACCGCAGCACUCUGGUGCUGGAUGUCAUUUCUGAUGGCACUGCCAUUUUAAUCAUCAACAUCUGCAUGCUGAAGGCACAGGUAAAGCGCCUGCAGCAGGAAGUUGAAGAUGGCAGCCUGAUCAGUAAGAUGGAAGACAUGUUUUUUUCGAAAGUGGAUAUUAUGUCUUUUGAUAUUCGUGGAGUAAAGUUAAAAAUUGUUCUUGAUGAUCAACAAGUGAUUACUGCUCUUUCGGAACUCUCCUGAUUUGACUGCUUUUGAUGUACUUUUUUUUUAAUGCUUCUUACAUUUUUUUUAAAGAGAAAUGUUAAGAAUUGUUUCUAGAGAAAUAGUCAUAGAAGGAUGAAAGUGUGCUAGUAGUUUUAACUUCAUUUCUAAAGCCUUUAUUUGAAUUUUAGAUCAGAUUUAGUCCAGUGUCUUGUAGAAGGAAGUUUUUAGUCCCCAGCUUAAUUCCUAAAGUAAUUAUUUCCCUUUAAAAAGCCUUUACACUACAGCUGCCUUCUCAUCAACCAUUCACAUCUGAUGCAAUGUAUUUAAAGUUUCAAAUAAUACAACUAUCUACCAUGUUCAUCUAACUUUAAUGAAGGCUUGGGUCCAUCACAAUGCUUAAAGAAUGUGCCAUAUGUCCACUUUUUUUUUAGUAUGCCAGCCAUUGUAUGCAUCAUCCAUUAAUUAACAAAAAAACAAACUUUCAAUUAUAUAUACACAAUUUUUAUGGUCAUAUAAUUUGUUACAAGGCAGUUUUAAUUUGUUUUGUUUUCAUGACGCCUACGUUUUUAGAAAGUAAUACCUCUAGAAGUUUGAAUGGGGGGUGGGCAGCUUUUAUGAAGUAUCUAUUUGUUUCAAAGCACUGUUCACAGAAGGGACAGUGCUUAAUCAAAAACAAAAUAUCUCUCAAUUUGUUUGUAGUACAUUAAUCUCAGACAUAAACUUAUUACAUUGAAAUGUACAAAAUGACAGAAAACAGCAGAGAAAACUUGUUCAAAAGGCAACUGACAUAUACAUAUACUUUGUUGUUUUAAAUUAUGUUUUCCCAACCUUAUCAGCAUUGUCAUAAUGCAAAACCUGAUUUUUAUGGGAACUUCUUAUGUAUUGUUUUAGAAGCGAGCUAUUCUAUUACUUGUGGUGCUACUAUGAUUUUUUUCAUUGCUGAUCAUACAUUUUGUGUUUCCAUAAAAAUUACUUUUUUUUUAAACAUGAAUAGAUAGCAAACAACUUAUUAAUGUACUAAUUGAAUGUAAAACACUUUUAUUACUUUUUCAGACACUAAAAGAUUGGUUUUGAAUUAUGAAAUGUAAUUAACACUUUAGUUUUUUACAAGUUAAUUAAUUAUUACUAGUAAUUGUAUAGGUAUAAAAAAUAUCAAACAACAUGAGAACACUCAUCAAGAUAGGAUAAGCAGAUAAAAGUAUUGCUUGUAUAGAUUGUAACAUCCAUAAACAUGUGUGUAUUGUCUGAUAGCAAUGAAAUAAAAAAAUGACAAAUAUUAUUUUAAAAAAGGAAAAGUUUAUAAUUAAACAUUUGUAAGGUCCCCAUGUGAAUUCAAGUUGAGUUGAUAUGCUUCAAUAUGCUUCAAUAAUAUUUGAUAAGGGCAGUAGUUUGUAAAUACAAUUGUUAUUUGCAGCUUACUUUGCUGAGUAUAGACUUACUACUAAAACACCUUUAAAUAAAAGAAAAAUGUUAAAGCCAUAAAUAACUGUUAAGAAGUGGUUGUGAGAUUUUUAUGGACACCAGCAUACAUUUUGGAAACGACUGGUCUAAGGCUACAAAUGAAAUCUUGCCAUAAGGAUAAAUGCUUUAGCUUAACAAGAACUAAACUGUAACCUAAACCUUUACAUUUCAUCCAAGUAAACCACUAUCACCUAUUCACUAAAAAUUUUUUAAUUCUGACUCAAUGAUGUUCAUUUUUCAUAAUGAGAAGAAAAUUAAUACUAGGCCCUGAACCAUUGCCAAGCUUCCAAAAAAAAUAGUCAAAUGACAAAUCUGUAUCUGAUGCUUUAUAAAAUAUCAUCCUGCUAUCAUCCUGCCACCCCCAUGAUUUUUUUAAAAUUAUUCGUAAACCGGCUAGUGCAAAUAUAAAAGAAAAAUACUUUAAAAAAAAAAACAAUGCUUCAUGCACUUAUUAUGUUUCCCAGCAGCCUUGUUGCUAAAUUGCAUUUUUAUCCUCAGGGGACUUGUAAAAUCUUUAAAAUAACAAUCCACCAUUUUACAAGUGCCUAUCUUUUUUUGUGCUAUCAAUUAAAAUGCUUAUAUAUAUUUGGGACUUAUGAAGAGCAAAAAAAAAAAAAAAAAGCUAAUGCUAUCAGCUUGUGAUGUGUGUGUUGUUUUUUUAAAAAUUAUAUGGGUGUUCAAACAAACAUUACUUUUGCAGAAAAAAAAAAUGUUUUGUUACAUUCUGCCUUAGUGAAAAGCAUACAUUUUUGAUUUGGUAAAACAAGGGAAUGGAAGUCAUUUUGUUUUGAAAAGUUCUGCAUUGAAAGUAAAAGUCUGUAAAUGAUGUACAUAUUUUAGGAUAGUGUCUUUCAAAAUGUGAGCUCUUCACACUGGAGUAAUUGUCUGUGUGCUUGUGUGAGAGUGUGCUUAUGAAAGGUCACAUUGAGUAAAAGUUGAAUGGGUUAAAGGUCACAGUGUGACUCUCAGACAGUGUGUUCAGUAAACUUGUGAUUCCCACCUCUCAUGACAUAGUUGUUGUAGAUAACCUGGACAGUAAGCGCCAUUUUAUUUUUAGACAUGUGAUAUUUGCGGUAAUUUUUUUUUUUUUUCAAAGAACAAAAGUGAAGAGAAUUCAGAGAAUAUUUUUAAAAUCAAAUUCAUGUGCCAUUGGAGUUUCAAAAUAUCUAGACCGAAGUCAGAAGUACUUUUAUUACUGCAACCAAAACAAAACAUGUUCACUAAAAAUAAAAUUAUAUACAAUUCCCACCCCCCAAUAUUUGCUUUAGCAAGCAGGGUUCAGUGUAUUGAGAUAAUAUAUAUGCUUGUGUGCUUUAUCUUAGUGAAUAUACAUGUAAAAAUCUCUACAAUGAUCCAGUUAUUUGAUCUUUUUAGACUUAGUUUACAAAAUGCACAUUUUUAGUUGUUAUUUUGCACCAUGUACUCCAAUGAACAAAUUUGUUUUCAAGACAAGAUUUUGUAUUCUUUUAAAAGUAGAAGUGGUGAGCAGAGAUGUGCAGUCUGGGAUUUAUCUAACUGCUGCCUUACAUCUUACUGUCUAGUCUGUCAGCAGUCAAAGUAUCCAAGAACCUUUUGCAUUGUGAGCAAGGGUACACAGCACAUGAAAAUUUCUAUUAGAGAAUCAGCACAUUGCAUCCCCAUUAAAGAAUCAGAGCACAUUGUAUCCCCAUUAUCUCUGACUUCUGAAUAGGGCCUCUUCACCCCAAGUUCCAUAUAAGUAGUCUGGACCCCAAUCCUGGCCUGUUAUUAGCACCAGAAGCUACAAGAAAUAUGGGGCAUGCUGGAGAAAUAAAAAUUGUUAGAUCAUAGAGUUGAUGCCAAGGAUUGUUAACAGAAUUAUUCUGUUUCUGUGUGUCACUCUUAUCCGUACUGACCCCCCUCCCUUAGCAUUGUCACCAAGUCUAUAUUCAGGGGGUGUCUCCCUUGGUAAUUGUCAGAUCUAAACUCACAGCAAUUAAAUCUAUCAAAGGAAAUGUGAUAUUAACUUUGGUAGCCAAUGUUUUUGUUUCUGCUACAGGCCCAUGAUAAUAAGAAGGGAAGAGAGUGGCAGUAGAUCAAGUCAAGACUGUAGUUCUGUGUGCAAUAUAUCACAUGUACUCAACAUAUAUAUCUGUAUUUAUAUAAAAACAUACACUCUUUGUGUCUCUAGUAUUUUUUUCCUAUGUUCUAGUUUGUUCUCAUCUUUUUUUAAAAACUGCUACAACAUGCUGCUGUAUACAUGUCCCAAAACAAAAUAAAAAUAUUAGGAUAGAGGCUAUGUUAUGACAUCUCUAUUGUAUAAGAGUAUGGAACGGGUUGCCUAAAUCAGCCAGGUAAACCAAUGAUUUAGCUGAGAUUAAGUCUCUAAUUAGCAUGCAUUACAAGAUAAGCACAUAGAUAUGCAUAGAACAUAAUUAUCUUCUUUUUUGGGGGGAAAUGUCUGUAAUUUAUAAGAUUAGAUAGUGUGUAUUAUUUACUGGUGCAGUUUUUGAGUAGACAUUUGUAUUAUUACUAAAAUAGUUUUACCAUUAAAAAAAUUUACACUAACCAUCCUGUUUUAAGUCAAUCUCAGAACAUUUACAACAAGUCAAUGAAGUAUCUCUAUUUAAAAAGAGAAUAAAGUUUUGAAUAUUUUUGAAUAGAUUACCUAUAAAUCAGAAGUAUUUGUAAGUAAUAAUAACUAAAGAAUUACUGAAAAGAAAAGUGAAAAUUAGACACAUAUUGUUAAAGAAAGGUUUUUGAGUUGCAGACAGGAUAGACUUUGUCAUAAGUAGCAUAAGAAGUACAGUAGAUACAGUUAGCCUCUUACACAUCUAGACCUCAUUCUCACAUUUGAAUGAAUAGAACAAAUGUACAAAAAAAAAACAUUUUUUUUUACAAUAACAUUCUUUUGAUAGAAAGGUGCAUAGAUCUAUUUUAAAAUGUGUUUCUGUUUAUUUUUUUGGCUGAUUUGUUUGACUACUGUACAUGAUCUAGUUUUUUAUUUCAGUUUUAUCAUUUUGUAUCACAUUUUUAUGUCUAUUUAAUUCUUCUGGAGUAUUUACAGUACUGUAAGGAUAUGUUGGUUGUGAGUGCUAAGAUUUAAAUUAAAAAAAUAUAAAUUAAAUACUAUAAAA